GGUCCUUAUAAAUAUCGUACUUUCACCAUAUGCGUCAUCGGCAUCCAAGAACAAGAAUCAACUUGAAGAGCUGGAAGCGGCUGCAAACAAAGCAGAAGUUUACUAGAAAGGAGGGAUCCAGUUGAGCAUACUGUGAAGAGAGAGACGAAGCAUCCAUCAGUGAUGGAGUUUCCAGCGAAGUUGCUGAGUUUCAUGUUCUUAUCAGCGAUAUGUUUACCUUCGGUGCUGGGAGGUCGUUCCUUCCUUCAAUCGCUGCCGCCUCUGCCAUCUCUUCCAUCGCUGCCUCCUCUCCCAACUCUUUCCCUUCAUCUUCCUUCGUUGCCUCCUCUUCCAACUCAUCUCCCGACGCUGCCGCCUCUGCCCACUCUUCCUCCUGCUCAUCUUCCAAGCCUGCCACCUCUGCCCACUCUUCAUCCUACUCAUCUUCCAACGCUGCCACCUCUCCCAACCCAUCUUCCAAGCCUGCCACCUCUGCCCACUCUCCCAACCCAUCUUCCGAGCCUUCCUCCUCUUCCCACUGUUCUUUCUCAUAUCCCAAAGCCUCCUCCGUUCCCCCAUGUUCCUCCCCAUGGUUCAGCGCCAUCUCCUCUUCAUUCUAUGACCCCUUCUCCUCCUCCUCACUCUAAAGCACCGUCUCCAGCUCAUUCAUCUUAGUCUGAAUCAAACUUUCGCCAGUAGACUGUUGGCACGGUCAAACAACAUUGGGACACACCUCCCAUCUUUCAGCAACGAGUGAUCUACCUGUCUUCUGGUUUUACAGGAACUAAUCCUACUUGAUAACUUUUCGCCGUCAUCUUGGUUGGUCUCAAUUGACUUGGUGCCAGCCGUCUCCAACACCUCAAGUCUAAAUGGAGGGACUCAAGGACCUGAUGUUUCUGUGGAGUGGCUCUAGGACGACAAGAGUAUCACUUCGGGAGUUUUCAUUCAUGUGAUGAAAUACCCCUACCACUAUAUAUGUCCUACAGCUUUUACUAGUCAAGGUAUCCGAUAUUCGAAGCAUGCUGUACAUUGUGCUGUCACUCAUUCCGCAGGAUCAAAAUACAGCACUCACUCUACAAAGGUUGCUGACAAGGUUCAAUUGUUUCCAAACAAAGACUUCAACAUCAAUUGCCUGCAAUAAAUAAUAAACCUAAUCGUAGAUGAAAUAAUAUGCACGCUGAAGGAAAUUAAUGUCGGUUGGUUACCAAUUCUUUUAUUAAGAAAUAAAGACCACAAUGUACUUCGCUA